AUGUCCCAGAACGCUAACCCCGACCACGAGGUCAGCGCCGACCCAGUCAAGCAUGAGCCAAUCAAGAAAGCAGAGUGGGAAACACUCCCAUUUGAACUUCAAGUUAUGAUCAUAGAGAGCUUGGAACACCAGGAUUUUCGGAACGCCUGGUUUACUUGUCGUUUAGUCUCUCGAAGAUUCAAGGAAGCUACCGAGCAAGCUUUUAAAACCCGCAUUUUCACCAAAAUUGAGUUCGCUGUUCCUGUAAGCGGAUUUGAUGCAAUAAAGUCAGUCGGCCACCCUUUACAAUACUUUGCCAAUCUCAAAACGUACGUAUUAUGGAUACCGUUCUCGAACAUUUCCCCAGAUAACACACAAGCUAUCUUCAAACACAAAAAGCCUGACAAAAGCGGUGUUGUCUUUGCCACGCCACAGGGGGGAAUUCCAGUUCGAUGCUUGCGAAUCCGCGUCGGAGGAAAGUUCUUGCAUAUGGACGCACUUGACAGGUUUUGGAUGGAAAAAACAUUGGAUCGGAGUGCAAACAGGGUUGAAACGGAGAUAGAUAAACAGCCUUGUCUGCUUCACUCGGUACUCCGGUUUGGGUUGCCAAAGAUUUACACGGGACACGAACGGCGAACGGGAUCAAGAGUGACUAUGCCUUGGCGGUUAAUGAUGACUUGUCUCAUGAUUCAAGAACGUCAGUUCGCAGAAGAGCUGAAAAGACUUGCUUCUCAAGAUCUUGAGGCUACCCGAUGGCAUAUGGACCCCCAAGUAGAACAAGGGAUGAGAAUUGCACUACGUUCCGAGGCUGUACGCUUUGAGCGAUACGCGACAUGCGUUACGACAGUAAUUAAAAAUAUGAAAAGGAAAAACAACAAGGAAAAAGGAUACUAUUAUGGCUGGGGUGGUUAUUUACAAGACGAACCAUUUUGUAUUUGGUUUAAAGAAUGGCUUUGUAUAAUAUUAUCAAACAGCCGAUAUGCACGAUUAAGUAAUUGUUAA